AUGAGACUUGAAGGACGAAGUAAAGACAAGGCAAUUUCUGAAAUGAGCGCAUUCACAGAGAGAAAUAUCCUAGCCAGGAAAUGCACCAAUGCGCUUGUGGGCGUGCUGAAGGAGAUUACCUCCGCUCAUUUCACAGAAUUGGAGAUAGACACCGUCAUAUCCAGGCUGCUGCACAGCUUCCAGACAAGAGACUCCUAUCUGAAGAUACUUUCGUACUCUUUCAUUAGAAACAUUGCCGAUCUGUCAUCUGGCUCCUUUGUAGCCAUAAAUGCCCUGAUAAACAACAUCACAGCAAGAAAAGACGGGCUCAGGGCUGAAGCCUUGAAGCUUCUUCUCCAAAUCACGCCAGAACAGAUGCUUGAAGACUGCUCGAAGUAUGUGCACCAGUCUUUGAUAGAAACAGAAUACCACACACUAAACACCAUCGUUCCUGUGCUGAUAUUCCUCUCCAAUCCAUCACUGAGCGAAUGGUUCAGCAGCUACGGAUGGAUGCAGGGGCUUAAAUCGUCAGGAGCAUUCGGGAAUGCCAUUAUUCUCAUGAGCCAGAUACGCCCCCAGGACGAAAGAGAGAUAGUGAAUGUCAUUGGCAAGUCCCCGCAUCUGUACAGCAGAGGAAUAAGCGCAGUGCACGUCGUAAGAUAUCUGUCUGCACACUUGUCAAAUCCAACAGCACUGAAAAUCUUUUCGCAGUUCCUGGCGCUCGAUGAGUCAGAUCCCGCGCCUUUUAUUGAAGCCCUGCGGCAUGUCCACCUGAUGAACAAUGCAGUGGGAGCGCUUGAUGCACAGGUCAUUGGAGGAAUAAAAAAACUGCUAAAAUCAAACAAUUCGGUUGUAAAAAUAGCAACACUUCGGACAAUAGACACCCUCUCGGUGCACUACAAACAGAAACUAUCUGCACUUCGGGGAAUGAUUGAAGAGAUGCUGGCAGAUAGCAGCACAGUUGCGCUGCUCGCUAUGUCCAUCCUCCUGAAAGUGGGCAGCGAUAAAACAGCUGGAAAAAUAGCUGAAACCCUUCCAAAGCUGCUUAACGAGCUCGGAGAAACGCAGAAAGUGUCCAUCAUUGAGUCAGUUACGGGAAUGUGCGACAGAUUCAAAGGGACCUCGUGGGACGAACUCCUGAAGAAGGCCCUCACAGCCCAGGGAUCAUGCAGCUACAAAGUGAAAAUAGUGCAGAACAUCGCAAAAAUAAGGAAUGUCACGGAAGACGAAGAGCUGAAAAGGUCUUUGGAAGGAAUGCUGUGCAACUACAUUGAAGACUCGUCGUACCCAAGGGUUACUGUAGAAAUACUGGGAAAUUUAAUAGACAAGAAGUCGUCAGAGCACACUGGCUCUCUUCUGAACAGAAUCAUCCUCGACAAUGAAAACGUGCAGCCAGCAGUAAAUCUAUCGCUCGCAGUUGAUGACUGCACGCAUCCGCUGCAUGUAUUGUUCAGUGCAGGAGCAAGCACAGCUGUGCUGAAAGACAAUACAGAGAUAGAUCGAAUGGUGAUUGAGAAGCUGCAGGAAGAUGCAGAUAUAUUCAUUGAAAAAAGAGAGGAGAAUGCACUGGAGUCGAAGUUCAACUCUGUGCAGCUGCAUGCAUCAAACAGAAUAGUUUUGAACAGAAAAGAAAGCGAGUUUGAAAUAUCGGUUGUGAAGAACAUGUUCAAUGAAUUUAUUGUCCUGCAGUACAAGAUAACGAGUAAAAUUGAUCUGGUUCUGGAAGAGGGAAGGCUCCGGGUGUUCAUGAAUGAGAACUGCAUAGGAGAUGAAGUGAUAUACCUCCGAGGAAGAGAUACAACAGAGAUAAGCAUAAAAGUGCCUGCUUCUGAUUACAUGGAAGUGUGCGGGGCAGAGGUAUCCAGCACAUUCGGAUACUCGGUGUACGAUGACAGAGACUACGAAGUGGGAGAAGUGCGGCUGAACGACUUUGAGAUAGAAAUAAGCGAUUUUAUUGCACCAGGCGGCGAUGCAGCAGAAAUAAGAGAAGAAGACCCUCUGGUAAAAGAGUUUAAGUUCAGCAUGCCUGUGGAUGAGGUGAUUAAAGAGCUGAAGAACCUGUUCAGAAUGGAAGUGCAGGAGGAAGAAGAUGGAAACCUGCAAUGGACAGGCGUGUUUAUGCACACAGGCGAGAGCGUGCUAAUUAAGGCAACGGUAAAAAAAGACAAAUCAACGUCCACUAAAGCCAAGAUAAGAAUAUUCUGCAAGUCAGAAGAGAUAAAACAGCUGCUAAUCGAUCUGAUCAACUAG